AUGACUACAACAAGAUCGAUCAGCAGCGAGGCAACCCCGCUCACAAUCCCUCAGUGGCGAGAACUGCAAGAGAGUGCUUCUGAGCCAAGUCACCUUCUAUCAUUGCUGAAACGAGCACGGUUGGACACAUCAAAUGUAUGGAUUUCAUUGGCAACGGCAGAGCAGAUCAGUGCACAAUGGGGACACAUCAAAGCACUUCGCUCUGAGCGGAAAGAUCUUCCACUUUUUGGGGUGCCGUUUGCUGUCAAAGACAACAUCGACGUCGCUGGCUUCUACACAACUGCCGCGUGUCCAUCUUUCGGCACAGAACCCGCCACUGCCGAUUCAACCGUCGUGGCACAACUGAAAGCACACGGAGCCAUCGUCGUUGGAAAGACAAACCUCGAUCAGUUUGCUACGGGACUCGUCGGGACACGCUCCCCCUACGGAGCUGUUGCAAAUUCCAUCAAUCCAGAGCGAGUCAGCGGUGGCAGCAGCUCGGGUAGCGGGGUCGUCGUUGGACGGGGCUUAGUGCCCUUCGCGCUCGGCACUGAUACGGCAGGAUCAGGUCGGGUCCCUGCUGGUUUCAAUAAUGUCGUUGGCCUCAAGCCUACACGCGGGGCUCUGAGCACACACGGUGUGGUGCCUGCAUGCCGAUCACUCGACUGUGUUUCCAUCUUUGCCCUGACUUUGGAAGAUGCAGACCUGGUUUUACAACUAGCCGAGACAUAUGAUGCCCAAGACGCAUACUCCAGAAGUCGAGCUGACUGUGCCACCAAGAAGCUCCCUCGAUCUGGAGUGCCUUCUAAGCCAGCCUUGGCUAUUUGCUCCAAUCCACAGUGGUUUGGAUCAUCUGAGCAUGCGACAGCAUACCAAGCAGCGUUAGUCAAGGCUCAAAGACUGGGAUGGGAAUUGAUCCCCGUCGACUUUUCACCCCUCUUUUCCUUGGCCAGUCUUUUGUACGAGGGCCCAUGGGUUGCUGAGCGAUACGUUGCCAUCGAGAAGUUCAUUUCCUCGGUGCCCGCCUCAGAAUUGGACCCAGUCGUACACGGCAUUAUAAUGAGUGCCGAGAAGUUUUCCGCGGCAGAUCUCUUCCAAAACGAGUACCAACGACAGGAACUUUCUCGCGAGAUUGAAAAGACAUUUGGCCAGUUUGACGCGCUUCUCGUGCCUACUACCCCUACAUUUCCUACAAUGCAAGAGCUCAAAGACGAACCGGUCAUGGCAAACAGUCGACUGGGCACAUACACAAACUUCGUGAACUUUAUGGACUGGUCCGCUCUGGCUAUACCUGCCGGUUGGCGAGAGGAUCACCUCCCAUUUAGUAUCACCCUCAUCGGCGGAGCAUGGGAAGAGCCACGUUUGUUGGAGCUCAGCCGGCGCUGGCUCGGCGACGCCCCGCGCCUAUUGGGGGCGACUGGUGUGGAAUACCAAGAGAAAUCAUCCCAUCUCCCUGUCACCUCUCAUUCAAUGCAGCUUGCGGUCGUUGGGGCCCAUCUUUCUGGGUUUCCGUUAAACACGGACUUGAUCUCCAGAGGCGCAACUCUCGCCACUGCGACAACAACAGCUCCAUGCUAUCAACUGUUCGCAUUGCAAGAGACCGGAUCAGUAUUGAAGCCUGGUCUGAAGCGUGUUGCUAAAGGCGGAGCGGCCAUUGAGGUGGAAGUAUGGAACUUGCCAUUAGACAAAAUAGGCAGCUUCCUGGGAACCAUCACAUCGCCAUUGGGAAUCGGAUCUGUUGAAUUGCAGGAUGGCCGUUGGGUGCAAGGAUUUAUUUGCGAGCCGAUAGGCCUGGCCUAUGCGCAAGAUAUCACCAAUUUCGGUGGAUGGCGAGACUACAUACAGUCUCUCACUACCUCUACUGCAUCCUCCGAAGGCGCUGCUUUCACUCCUACACCCAGCAUCGAUGAAAAACGAAUCCGGACGGUUCUCAUUGCCAAUCGGGGAGAAAUUGCCUUACGCAUCAUUCGUACCAUGAAAGCUAUGGAAAUUUCCUCUGUGGCCAUCUACUCAAGCGCCGAUGCUCGCGCGCCGCAUGUGACUGCUGCAGAUGUUGCCAUGCGGCUUGUUGGAAACACUGUGGCGGAUACUUAUCUCAAUUGUGCCCAAAUCCUAGACAUCGCUGCCGAAACUGGAACUGACGCCAUCAUUCCUGGGUACGGCUUUCUUUCAGAGAAUGCCGACUUUGCGGCCGCCGUUGAAGCCGCAGGUCUAGUCUGGAUUGGACCAACCCCGGGCCAGAUGAGGAAAUUGGGCUUGAAACACCGUGCUCGUGAGAUUGCCAUGGCUGCGGGCAUUCCUGUUCUUCCUGGAAGUAAGGGCUUGGUAACCAGUAUCGAGGAUGCUGUUACCGAAGCCGAGACGAUUGGGUAUCCUGUGAUGGUGAAAAGCACCGCUGGAGGUGGUGGGAUCGGCCUCCAGCGGUGCAGCGACGAGGACGCACUUCGGGAGGCGUUUGAUGGUGUGCGCCGACUUGGUCAGGCAAACUUUGGCGACGACGGGGUCUUCAUUGAGCACUUUGUUGAUCGUGCACGACACAUUGAGGUGCAAGUCCUCGGCGAUGGCGCUGGCCGGGUCCUCUGUGCGGGUGAGCGUGACUGUUCGCUGCAGCGUCGAAACCAGAAGGUGGUUGAGGAAACGCCGGCGGCUUUUGUGCCCGCGGAAGUAAGAGCAGAUAUUCGUCGCGCUGCGGCGGAUUUGGUCGCCUCCUUGAAGUAUCGCAAUAUUGGUACUGUGGAGUUUAUUUUCGACAUUGACACGGAUAAAUUCUACUUUCUUGAGAUGAACACCCGUCUGCAGGUUGAGCAUCCGGUGACGGAGGCUGGGACCGGUCUCGAUCUCGUUGAAUGUAUGAUGCGCAUUGCUAUGGAUGAUUGCGCUGCCAUGUUCCCUCGGCAAACAAACGAAAUCCCUGUGAUCGGUGCAGCGAUUGAAGUUCGUGUAUAUGCGGAAAGCCCUCUCCAAGGAUUCCGACCUUCUCCUGGGAAGCUCUUGCGUGUUGAGUUCCCCUCUGACGUCCGCAUUGACACUUGGGUCGCCUCGGGUCAACAGCUCUCUUCGUCUUUUGAUCCAAUGGUUGCCAAGAUCAUAGCGUUUGGCGAGGACCGUCCCGCGGCUAUUCUAAAGCUGUCUAAAGCGUUAGCUAGCACGGUUAUCACCGGCGUUGAGACCAAUCUUGGGUACUUACAGCAAAUUGUUGCGUGGGACGCAUUCCGUUCUGGGUCUUUCACGACAAAAUCGCUAGAUACCUUGCCGUACCAAGCUCAAGUCUUUGAGGUCAUUGACAGUGGGUCAGACACUCACGUACAGGAUAUCCCUGGCCGUCAAGGGUUGUGGCAUAUUGGGGUGCCACCUUCUGGUCCCAUGGAUUCGUACUCCUUCCGUCUUGCCAACAAACUUGUCGGUAACGAUGACCAUACUGCAGGGCUUGAAUGCUCGAUCCAAGGGCCUACGCUGCUGUUCCAUUGCCAGAUUACCGUUGCGGUGGUCGGUGCCAAUGCCGCUGUGUUUGUUGAUGGGGAGGAAAGGCAAUCGGGGGUGGCUAUUGGCCUUCACCCUGGACAGAAGCUUUCGAUCGGCACAGCCAGCAACGGUUCACGAAUGUAUCUUGCUGUUCAAGGCGGGAUCCAGGUACCUGAAGUCCUGGGGAGCCGGUCAACAUUCGCAACUGGCCAUUUUGGGGGACACAAUGGACGCAGUCUACGCAUUGGAGACCUGCUCCCAUUGCCAUCUGCCUCGAAAGAAGAACUGCAGAUGCUCAGGGCGCCUGCUCUGCCGCUGCCAUCACUUGAGAACCGAGAAUGGGCAGUUGGUGUAGUUCCUGGGCCACAUGGGAGCCCGACUCAUUUCACACUAGACGGCCUUCGCGAGCUGUUUGAUGGUGAAUGGACCGUUCACUACAAUAGUAACCGGAUCGGAGUUCGUCUGACCGGCCCCCGUCCAGAGUGGGCACGCAAGACCGGUGGUGCUGCUGGCCUGCAUCCUUCCAAUAUUCAUGAUAGUCCUUAUGCCAUCGGCAACAUCAGUUUCACCGGCGAUGAGGCAGUUGUAUUGACAGCCGAUGGGCCAAGCUUGGGGGGAUUCGUCGCUUUUGCCACCGUCGCAGAGGCCGAGAUGUGGAAGUUUGGGCAGAUGCGACCGGGCGAUCGGCUUCGAUUGCACCCAAUUUCCGUGGAGGAUGCACGCCAGUUUGCGAAUAAUCUCAAUCACUCGAUCAGUCACUUGACACCACUGGCCACACAAAGCAUGGGAAGCGGCAAAGCCUACACCGUGUCGAACCCGGUCAUGAAGGAGAUUCAUGAAUGUGGCCGCUUCAUUCAAUGCCGCCAAGCCGGUGAUCGCGCAUUGCUGCUCGACUUCGGAGAGGAAGACAAUUUCAGCCUGAGAACGACAUUUCAUAUCAUGCGCUUUAUGGAAAGACAUCGGAUUAAUCCAAUUCUUGGAGUUGAAGAGCUAACACCCGGAGUCCGGAGCGUCCAUGUUCUUAUGAAGGACAACAUCUCUCUGUCUCAGGUUUUGGACGCACUCAUCACACAUGAAGAAUCCCUCGGGACCGAGCUGCCUUCAAAAUUACCCUCUCGAAUUGUCAACAUGCCUCUGGUCUUCAAUGAUGAAAUGAGUAGCAAAGCCAUCGCCCGCUAUGCUUCGACUAUUCGCUCUUCCGCGCCAUACCUGCCCAGCAACAUUGAGUUUCUGCAGAAAUUGAACGGUCUUGAUAGUCCUGAUCGAAUUGAGCAGAAUUUGUAUGAAGGAAGGUUCCUGGUGUUGGGGCUUGGUGAUGUUUACCAAGGAUCCCCUUGUGCCGUGCCUUUGGAUCCACGCCAUCGACUGUUUGGGACGAAGUAUAAUCCUUCGCGCUCGUUCACUCCUCGCGGUGCAGUUGGCAUUGCCGGUCAGUAUAUGUGCAUCUAUGCAACCGACUCCCCUGGUGGAUAUCAGCUUGUUGGCCGUACCGUACCCAUCUGGGAUGAGUUUCACAAGUCCGAACUGGGUGAGAACCCCCGUGGAUGUUCUCGCUUCUGGAUCAGAUUCGCUUCUACCCGAUCUCCGAAGCAGAGCUUGCCGAAGCAGGGGAGAAAGGGACUUAUAAAGAUCUGA